GGGCGCGGGCGAUAGUGUCCUUCAGUGACUCACACGUGGGGAGCUCACCAGGCUUCAGGUUCUUGUAGCGCCGAGACUGGAAGGCAGAGAGGAACAGAAACUGUCCUUUGAGGUCGUGGUUGCAGUUCUGCUCUCCGCCAGAGGGAGAGAUGCUGUGUCACGAUGGUUAAAUCAGGACAACCCCCACCUUCUCCCUCUCCCUCUGUAUCCCGCAGUGAUGAUGGCACGGCAAUGUAAGCCCAUCGAGCCUGCAUUGUCAGAGUUUGGGGAAAGCGCUUGCGUCAGAGCUCGCUGUCCCGCUAUAAAAGCACAGGCUGCUGCAGCAGCAGGCAGUUGAGGCUUAAACCUGAGCCCUGCAUACUCCUCCCCACACACACACACACACACACACACACACACACACAGAGGAGAGGGAGAGCAGCCUGCGCUCCCAACAACAACUCAGCCAUGAGUAGCCUGGGAUAUGACCCCUACUAUUCCACUUCGUCGUACAGGCGCUGGUUUGUCGAGGCUCCCCCUCGGGUGGUGACCAGAGGGAGGACCCACUCCGUCUACUCGUCCCACGCCUCCCCGCUGUCCUCCUCCCGUCUGCAGUACUCCUCUCCCGGCCGGGUGCUGCUCUCCUCCUCCUCACAAGCCUCUUCCCUGGAGCUGGAGCUCAACCAGGCAGCCCAGAUCAGCUCUGACUUCCGUGCCAUCCGCACCCAGGAGCGCAGCCAGCUGCAGGAGCUCAACGACCGCUUUGCCGGCUUCAUCGAGAGAGUGCGUGAGCUGGAGCAGCAGAAUCGCGCUCUGGAGGCAGAGCUGCUGCUGCUGAGGCAGAGGCACAAUGAGCCGUCCCGCCUGAGAGCACUGUACGAGCAGGAGGCUCGGGCCCUGAGAGCGGCUGUGGACGAGGCCAGGGCAGAGCAGCAGGCUGUCAUGGGACAGAGGGAGCGUCUGGAACAAACCCUGAGUGCUCUGCAGGGUCGAUAUGAAGAGGAAGUGCUGGGCCGUGAGGAGGCAGAGGCCAGGCUGAUGGAGGCCCGGCGCGAGGCCGACCAGGCUGCCUUAGCCAAGGCUGAGCUGGAGAAGAGCAUCGAAACCCUGCUGGAGGAGCUGGCCUUCCUCAAGAGGAUCCACGAGGGCGAGGUGGCCGAGCUCCAGGCCCAGGUCCAACUGGGGGUCCAGGUGGCCGUGGAGUCCGAGGCCGCAACUCCUGACCUCUCCGGUGCUCUCAGGGAAAUCCGGUCCCAGUACGAACGGCUGGCAGCAAGAAACAUGCAGGCAGCAGAGGAGUGGUUCAGAGGGAAGGUGGGCUCCAUGACCGAGUCGGUGGCCCAGCACAGCGACGCCGUGAGGAGCUCCAAGGACGAGGCGGGAGAGUACCGACGUCAGCUCCAGACCCGCCUGCUGGAGAUCGAUGCGUGCAGAGGCCUCAACGAGUCCCUGGAGAAGCAGCUGCACGAGAUGGAGGAGAAGCAGAGUGCUGAGAUUGCUGCUAUGCAGGACACCAUCGGAGAGCUGGAGAGUGAGCUGAGGGGCACCAAACAGGAAAUGGCCCGCUACCUGAAGGAGUACCAGGACCUUCUGAAUGUCAAGAUGGCGCUGGACAUCGAGAUUGCUGCGUACAGGAAGCUGCUGGAGGGGGAGGAGUCUCGCUUCAGUGUGGGAGUGGCUGGGGGCGUGUCCUCCCUGUACACCCACAGCCUGUCAGCACCCUCCUACGCCCGGCCCGUCUUCUCCAGCCUGAGCUCCGGCACCACCUACCUGAUGACAUCACGCCUGCUCAGCUCCAGCACCACCGAGGGGAUCAUCUCCUCCAGCCAGGCCCAGCAGGCAGAGGCCGGCCCACCCGCAGAGGAAGAGGGGGAGCAGGAGGAGGAGGAGGAGGAGGUGAAGGAGGCAGAGGAGGAGAAGGAAGAGGAGGCAGGAGAGGAGACAGAAGAGACGAAGGAGGAGGCGGAGGAAGAGGAGAAGGGGGAGGAAGAGGAAGGAGAGGAGGAGGGAGAUAAGGAGAAAGAAGAUGAAGAGGAGGCUAAGGAAGGAGAUGAAGAGGCUAAAGAAGGAGAAGAGGGCGGCGAUGAGGAGGAGCAAAAGGAAGAGGUGACAGAGGCCGCUGAGGAAGAGGGGGAGAAAGAGGAGAAGGGAGAGGAAGAGGAGGCCGAGGUUAAAGAAGAAGCACAAGAGGAGGUGAAAGCAGAAGAGGCUGAGGGCAAGGGCGAGGACGCAAAAGUAGAAGACAAAGAGGAAGAGAAGGAAGAAGAAAAGAAAAGCGAGGAGAAGGAGGAGAAAGAGGACAAGGCUGACGCCAAGAAAGACGACAAAGCCGACGACAAGGAGGCCGCUCCGAAAACAGACGACAAGGCUGAGCCCAAAAAGGAGAAAGAGGAGGCGAAAGCAGCCAAACCGGAGGCUGCUGAAGAGAAAAGCACAAAUGGUAAAAAGUAAGCCUUCAGUCAAGACUGUCCAUUAGCUCAAUAACCAGUAGAGGCUCCUUCGCUAUCCUCUCCAAUCUGCUUGUUAACAUGGUGCUCAAUAAAACAGUCCGACAGCCAUUUACAGCAACAAAUCAAGGCUAACUGCUUUCCAAUACCCAAAGUACAUUAAGGUCCGUGUGCACACUUCCUCAGGAGUGUAAUGUGUGUAGUUGCCGAAUGCAAAAUGUGAGUGUGUGAGUUUUUGGUGGUGAAAUAAACGCCUCUUAAAACCA